CACAACCGACCACGCCGACUCAUCAUCCGAUGCUGGCGUCCAGAAGAGACAGCACGACGCAAUGCGGUAGACUUGGUCGUCGUGAUAGUCGUACAGCUUAUGCGACCAGCCCCGAACGGAAGCACGGCAGGUUGCAACGCCAGAACACGGCGUACGACGAAAGCUGCCUGCCCCCAGGGGUUUGGAGCCGAAGAGGGUCGCAACCGUCAGGGGCGGCGUUGAGUCCAGACGGGGGGCAGCCCCCAAGCGGGGGAGAAGGGGAGGGAGUCCAUGGGGGCAUGAGGAAGGCCAGGAGGGACUCGCUUAGUCCUGACUCGGCGGGGAGGGGCAGAAGGGACAGCAGAUCCAGAUUGAGUCCUGAUAGACAAGGAGACAGGGAAUUGAGUCCAGGAAGAAGAAGUAGAAGGGGCACAUUGCGAAGGCAAUCAACCAGCGUAGCUGGCAGGCACGGACACAGGUCGCCAGAGUCGUCUAGUUGUUCUAGUCGCGAUCCGUCUCCGUGCAACCGUGGCGGUGGUCCACCUCCGACGUCGGAAAACUACCACAGGCCGGCCGCCGUUAGAAGACAAUCUACCACCGAGGAGAUCCUCAUCGCCAGAGGAUUCCGCAGACAAUCGACUACAGAAGAGAUGAUCAGAUGCCGGAACUUCCGUCGUCAAAGCAGCCAAAGCGACGACUGUCAACGUUACCGCGGUCGCCGGGAUUCCGCCACGCAGAUCUUAGACGGUACAAUCGCUUCCAUGACCGUAGAAACUUCCAGUACCUUUUUUGAUUCUAGCACGCAGACAGAACCAACACCUCUAUACGACAACAACCACUACCACGAGGAAUGUCUACGGUGCAAUUCAUGCGGACUCAACUUGACGGGUCCGAAUCAGAAGCGGGCUCGUCGCUUCAAGAACCAGAUCCUGUGCGACCUGCACUUCGCAGACGUCGCUUUGAUGGAGUGCAGCGAUUUCAUGCAGCAGCUGCGCAGCUUCAAGCCUCAGUCGCUGGGAUGCGCCGUCGCCAGGAGAAAGAGUUCUACUACCUUAAUCUUUCCGCUACCGCCGCAGGCUUGUUCAGACGAGUUCUGUGAGGAGUUCCCGCACAACUUCAUCCCAACUCCAGGCUACUGGAUAGAAUGCUCCCGGCAGAAGAUCACCUCGGACACGAUUUGGGACGAAAGCGAGAGCGACCACGACAACGAAAUCCAGGAGGGUGAGGAAGACGAGGAAAUAGAGAAACGAGACGACCGGGGGGACAGGGAGAAUGGAUACAGGAGGAGGGAUAGAGGCUGCAACGACUUGUACGAAGACGAAGAAGAUGAGGAAGACGACUCGAUAUCGCCGAAGAAGAAAACGGUUAUAGAAGAACAAUGGGAGAAGAACCAGGGCUUCGAACUGACGAGCGUUGAGCAAGAGACUUACGAAAAGUAUUUCUACGGGACUGAGCAUUGGAAUUACUUUACAAACGACGAAGACUUAGGACCAGUUAUUUUGUCCAUUAAACAAGAAACGCUUAAUUCUAGAGAUCAAUUUAGGAUAUUGGUUAGAGCUAUAAGUUAUACGGUGCACGGACUGAUACCGGCCAGUUGCGUGUUUGCAGACAGAUACAACAGGGAGGAAGUCGUUCGAUCCUUAGGGAAAGAAGUCAACCUCAACCCGCCAUUAAUAUUAGGACAACUGCCCGAUACUCCUGAAGAAUUACUCAAGUUGGAUCAAGUUUUUAUAAAGUCUGAAUUAAAGGUAGGCGUAAUCUACGUGAAAGAAGGCCAAUACACAGAAGAAGAGAUUUUAGACAAUAAUGACAAUUCAUUUCUAUUUGAAGAAUUUCUACAAAUAAUGGGCGAGAAAGUACGACUGAAAGGGUUCGAUAAGUACAAAGGGGGGCUUGAUACUGUACACGAUCUUACAGGAUUGUACUCGGUGUAUACGAACUGGCGGAACAUCGAGAUCAUGUUCCACGUGAGCACUCUACUUCCGUACGAGAAACACGAUCCGCAAAAGCUGCAAAGAAAAAGGCAUAUCGGCAACGAUAUCGUCUGCGUCGUUUUUCUAGAGGCUGAUAACACCUCAUUUUCGCCUGCGUGCAUAAAGAGCCAUUUCCUCCAUACGUUCAUACUGGUACGAACAUCACCGAAAAUCAAACGGAGGCCGACGCGUUACGAGGUUUCCGUGGUGACACGAGACGAAGUCGGCGCGUACAAGCCGUACCUGUGGGAGCAGAGCGUGUUCGACAAGGGGCCAAUGUUCAGAGAAUGGCUGCUCACGAAGAUCGUGAAUGGAGAAAGAGCGAGUUAUUCGGCGCCCAAGUUCGCCAGGAUGCAAGAAAGGACGAGGUCGCAGAUGCUCGAGGACAUCGUCGCCAAUCUGCAGAAUCAUGCAGAGACUGGCCAGAUACCGAAGCCAUACCGUAGAGGAUCUUGGCGACCAAUUGGCCACAUGAGACCGUCAUCACCUCUGUUGGACAGCGUCAGAGACCAAUUCGAGGACUACGACCAAAUAGCGAAAGAUUUCACCAGGAUGUUCUUGAACUCCGAGGAUAACACCAUCCAAAACGCACAAUUGUUCGACGUCGUCUUUUUGGUGGGACAGUCCAAGCAGAAAGUCAAAUUGGUUGGAGUCAGGGCUAUAUUGGGGGUCCGUAGCAGAGUGUUUCAAGAGAUGCUGUACGGUAUUCAAACUGGUUUCGGGUCACCACAGGUUCCGGUAGCCGAAUUACUAGCCAGACCUGUGCCUACUUUGCUCAGUCCUCAACAAGCAAGACCGAAAAGUAGCAACUUUUUACAGGUUCCCGAUAUAGAAUCAGCUAGACCGAAAAGUGUUCCUAGUAGUCCGAUGGUGAAACGGGCGUUUACUAGACUAGGUACAAUAACGGCUGGUUGGGGCAGAAGUAUAAGGAAACACAACGCUCAAACACUCAAUGCUGACGAUAAGAAGAAAUGGGCCAGCAGCCAAGAUUGUUCUAACAAGGAAGUGAAAGAGAAAGAGAGCAAAGACAAGCCGUCUCUCGGCGCACUGCCCGUACCUCGACUGAGCGUCUGCGCCGAUGCUCAGAAAGUGGACCGUGCCAAACUGGCUCAGACCGAAUUCUCGGUGAUCGAAUUCGACGCUGACACGUUCCGAGUUUUACUGGACUAUCUGCACACCGGAAGCUGUCCGCUGACGUGCGCCACGAUCCCUGGACUGAUAUGCGCCGCCGAGCAUUACGAUCUGCCGGAGUUGUUGCAGGCCUGUUUCCAUCAUGCCAAGCAAUUCUUGCGCAUCGAAGUGGUGUGUUGUAUGCUGUGUUCAUUGGAAAACUACUACUGGAGAUACACGUCCGCAUCGGAGCUUGUAAAUAUGAUUCUGGCGUUCGUGGAAACGAGAUCGACGGCACUGUUCCAGACCACGGAAUUUCUCAAUCUCAGCGAGUCCAUGGUUCAGAUGAUCAUGUGCAGGAAUCUGGAGGUUCCGGAAGUGGUGAAGUUCGAGGCGAUGUUAGCGUGGGCUAAGCACAAAAUCAAGACGAAAACUUCUAGCAAACUGGACGCCAAAUUAGAAUUUAAGUGUAUCAUGGAGAGACUGGCCAGAGAUCUCAAACUUUAUAGGAUAUCACCUCAGGAGCUUAUCAAGAUCGUGCUGCCAUCGAAAGCGAUCAAAAACGAGCGAAUCCUGGAAACGCUGAUGUUCCAGGCGAACUCGGGCAUGUAUCGCAUCCAGGAUUCCUACCUGAGGGAAUGCACCCAAAGACUGCAGAAGCAGGACUCGAGAUUCUCGGAGAUGGAGUCUUUCGAUUACAGCAACUGAACAUACACACGACGGAAUAUAGACAGUAAUAAUAUCGAUAAUACAAAUAUUUUUUGAUGGAUAAAAUAAGAGGUUUUUAGUGUUAAGGAUGACAAUCAAGACGAAAAGCUGAUAUUUACUAUACGGGGUGUUUCCGACUCUCCUCCUCUAUCUCAGAAAAAAUGGUCAAUACAAAAGUUGCAGGGUUUUGAGAGAAUAAUCAUUGUUAUACCCUUCCACUUUCGUCUUGACUAUUUUUUUAAUUGAGCAGGAUUUUACGGGAUAAAGGGAGGGUAGGAGAUAUUUUGAACACCCUGUAUGCUUAAGAUGUAAAGGAGCUCCUCCGUAUGGUGUAAUAUUUGUUAAAAUAAUCAUCGGCGUUAAAUCAGAUGUUAAGUUGAGCUUACAGGUGUAUAUUUGGGUGACAGAAAUACGUCUCCAUUACAUUGGCUGUCGGUUUACUUUUGGAACGAGACUGGUAUAAUUUAAUAACAUAUUCCGUGGUGUUUCUUCGACUCCCAUUGAUGGGAUAUCGGCAUUUCUGAGAUAGGAAGAAAAAUCGAAGAGGACCCCGCACAGAACGUAUGAAAAAUGAGUCUCAGUCGAUUUGUCUCAAAAUUCAGUAUGAUAUAUUUCCAGCUUUCCUGAGCAAAAAUUCUUUUAGGACCAAAACAAUCUUACGAUUAGUUUCCGAAAUAUAAGCGAUUGAAGUUUGCCGAUUUGUAAAAAUGGCGAACAUAAAAAUGAGUUUUAAACUCCUCGAAAAAACCACUAACUAGGCAUACGUAUUUUUUCCACGAGAUUAGAAUUUAUCUUUCAAAAAAAUUUACUCAAAUUUUUGAACAGACCAAAACAGAAAAUAAUGUGAAUAAAAUAGGAUACCUUGAAGCAUUGAUGCGUUUUCUUUUUCGCCUUCA